AUGGAUAUUGAAGCAGGUUCCAGUUUCUCUUCAAUCUCAUCACCGAUGUUUGAUGGAGACAACUACCAGGUUUGGGCAGUUCGUAUGGAGGCAUAUAUGGAAGCUUUGGAUAUUUGGGAAGCAGUGGAAGAAGAUUAUGAAAUUCUUGUUCUCCCAAACAAUCCUACCAUGGCGCAAAUCAAAUUGCAGAAGGAGAAGAAUACAAAGAAAUCAAAGGCAAAGGCUUGUUUGUUCGCUGCAGUCUCUUCUACUGUCUUCACUCGGAUUAUAACUCUGAAGUUAGCAUAUGACAUAUGGAAUUAUCUCAAGUCAGAAUAUGAGGGAGAUGAAAGAAUCAAAGGAAUGUGUGUGCUAAACUUGAUUCGAGAAUUUGAGUUGCAGAAGAUGAAGGAAACAGAAUCAAUGAAAGAGUAUUCUGAUAGGUUAUUGGAUGUAGCAAACCGAAUCAGAUUACUUGGUUCUGAGUUCAAGGACUCAAGAAUUGUUGAAAAAAAUUCUUGUAACAGUGCCUGA